UCUGCCUUCAAGCUAAUCACACUUAGCCAACCAUCCCCAACCCAAUCAAAAUGUUCGCCAAGAUCGUGCUCGUUGCCCUCUGCGUGGCCUCUGCUCAGGCUGGCCUCCUGCCCUUCCAUGCGCCUGCAGCUCUGGCUGCUCCACUUGCUCCUGGCUUCGCAGCUCCGCUGGCUGCUCCUGUGGCCACUGCCGGAGUGGUGGCUCCCUAUGCCUCCAGCUUCAAUGCUCACCGCAUUAACCAUGCCGUGGCAUACCCAGUGGCUCCUGUCCCAGCUCCAGUGGCCUUCGCUGCUCCCGUUCCAGCUCCCCUGCCCGUUCCUGUAGCUGCUCCCGCUCCAGUAGCCUUCGCCGCUCCUGCUCCUCUGCCAGUGGCUGCUGCUCCUGCUCCGGUGGCCUUCGCUGCUCCCGCCAAGGUUGCCUUCACCGCUCCCGCUCCAGUGGCUGCUCCCCUGGGCUUCGCUCCUGCUCCGGCGCCUGUUGCCUUUGCCGCACCGGCCAAGUUCGGAUUCGGACCCUUUGCCGCUCCCCUGGCUGCUCCAGUCCCAGCGCCUCUGGCUCUGGCCCCCAAGUACGCUCCCGCCCCAUACUUCUUCUAAGGAUUUAGCCGCAGGAUCACCCAGCCCAUCCAUACCCAUCCGUCCUAUUAGAUUGUAGAAACUAGCCCAAAUCUUAAUAUCUAGAGAGCAGCAAUGCUUGGCGAAUAAACAAUUAUCCAAUAAUCAAA